UGGGGGUUUGACGAGAUCAAGAAGCUGGUUGAGGGGAAGGAUCCUAAGGAGGAGGUUGUCAUUGUUGACGUCCGCGAACCCCACGAGCUCCUCGACACGGGCAAGAUCCCCGGCGCAAUCAACAUCCCCAUCACCUCCGCCGUCCAGAGCUUCCACGUCUCCGACGAGGACUUCGAGGACCUGUACGGCUACGCGCGCCCGCCCAAGGACGCGGCCUUGCUCUUCUACUGCAAGGCCGGCGUGCGCGCGAGGGCGGCCGCGGGGCUGGCGCAGCACGCCGGGUGGGCUAGUGUGGGCGAGUACCCGGGCAGCUGGCUCGACUGGGAUCUGAACAAGGGUCCCGUGGAGGCUGUGAAG